AUGGAAGUUGAUAGAGUACCUCAGUUAGAAAUUAAUAGAGUACCUCAGUUAGAAAUUAAUAGAGUACCUCAGUUAGAAAUUAACAGAGUACGUCAAUUAGAAAUUGAUAGAGUACCUCAGUUAGAAAUUGAUAGAGUACCUCAAUUAGAAAUUAACAGAGUACCUCAAUUAGAAAUUAAUAGAGUACCUCAAUUAGAAAUUAACAGAGUACCUCAAAUAGAAAUUAAUAGAGUACCUCAAUUAGAAAAAUCCCUCCCAGCCUCUUCCAUAAAACCAUUCUCUUUUUAUAGACAAGUAUCACAGAAAUGA